GUUUGCCUCAGAGAGCUCAACGAGGUCAAACGCACCUGAUACUCCCACGAUCUGAUGGUGAUUAGCCUUGUCGAUGGGGUCGGACGUCGAGGCUCUUGGCAAUCGAUUCCACUUGUUUCCCUUACUUCCCAAUAUUCCACCCAAGAUCUCUUGCCCCUCCGACCCCUUGCCUGCUGUAUAGUUCCCCAGCCGGCACGUCGGCAUCCUCCCCUCGCGCCACGCGGUCUCCCCAUGGGCCAGCCCUUCCUUCCGGCUUUCCCGCCUCAACUCCGAGACCACCCGAGGUCUUUCCAUUCUGGGAACUGCCCCUGGCGUUCCCCGAUUUUCUCGGGGUACGCCCCGCUUCCCCGCCUCCCUUCCCUUUUGGGCCACGCGCGCGUGCACGUGCUCACACUUGACGCCCUGGCGCGUCGUCGUUUGUUGUCUUCCCACAGCUUGUACUCACGCCGCUUCUUUCUUACUUCCUUGCCUUCUGCUCUUUCUGAGGCUCUUCUGGUUCUUCAUAUGGGUACUAGGUCCAAGUCACGCAAGGGUCUAUCGUCGUCGGUGCGGGUCCGGGCUCCCAAUGGCUUUGGGCGGGUAGUACAGGAAGUCCGCCUCAACACACAGAUGGCUCAGCGAAGGGAGGAGAUCGCCAAAAAGCGACACCAUCAAGUACUAAUCCUCAUAAGGCCUGACCUUCGAGGAACGCGAGGUUUUCUUCAACGACGACGCUACCGGUGCUACACCUAUGGACGUGGACGAAGACCUUGCGUUCGACCAUCUUCCUCCGGGUGAGGAGGGUUUCUUUGCCAGUAACGCUGGAGGGGAGGAGGAGCUUUGCCGUACUUUCUUCUUAUCCAAUAAUGACAGCAGGAAGCGUAAGGACGUUCGUACGCGGCGCGAUCGCCGCUUGCUACAGAACAAAGAAUGGGCCGAGCAGAUGUUGUCUCUGGUCGAUGCUUUUCUUGACUGGCAGAUGUCUCGCUCAACGGAGGUUCACGAUACCGCGCAGUUCGACGACUGGGAGGUCACCACGGUCGAUUUCUUUAGUAGAAGUCGCCGCCGCUUCAAUAGUGGUCCAUCGGUUGACCGCGCCAAUGUGGUCCUUAUUCGAAACGGCUACAUCGGCAGUGCCCCCCGUAGUCCGACGGUGGCUAUUGGCCUCCAAGUACUUGAGGCCUAUCACGAAAUGCAUGCGGCAUGCCCUCGCUUUAGUAUACAAGCACAAGUGCGUGCCCUUUGUCGUCUUCACAAGGUUCAUUAUAUGAAGUACUUAGCGUCACAGUUCCGUAUCGCUUACGACGUCUACCUCGCGAUUCGGCGCUGCAUUGACGUUCGUGCCAACGCCGCGUUACACCGUGACAUACCAAAUUGGCGCAUGAAGAAUGCAUGCGCGGCGUGUCUGUACGCACUCGAGAAUGAGGAUCCUCUAACAUAUGCCCUACAGGUUUCAAUGGAUGGGAACCAGUCCUUGAAGCUCGUCGAUGACCACUUCCGGAGGGGGCCAUCACUUGCGGACACUCGGAGUGGUAUCUCAGACAUCUGGCUCAACCCUGAAGAAGUAGAUAUCUUCAAGAAUGAAGUGGGAAAACCACAACAGAGCCAACGCAACACAGGCGAUGCCCACGAUAUCGACGAUGAUAUCGACUGGGUCAAUAUUGCCGACCACACCGAUUCCGCCGAUGUGACACUAUCAACAGACGAAUGUGUCAAACGUUGGCGUAAUGCGGGACCGGAGGCUCGCAAGAAGAUGUUUGCCCUGUUCGCAGUAACGGGCGUUUUUGUAUGCCUCUGUCGCCAUGGGCAGCUCCUUGCAAUAUGCGACAUGAUCAGGAGCGGUGAACUGAUGAAGUACCCGCUUGCCAUUGUUGACAAGCUCAUGCGAGUACUUGGAGUUACAGUCCAGGUCGCAUACGACAUCGCGUGCGCGUUCAUGAAAAUACUCGAACGCAGUUCAUUGGGUGAUCGAGUACAACAACAGGGGCUCCGUGGUAUCGUUCCGGCCUUUCACGGACAUGCGCACAAUCGUCUUUGUCAGGUAGAUUGGCAUCCGCUUUAUGUUGCUGGAUCAGGAAAGGAGGAUUUCGAAGGUUGCGAACGAGUCUUUUCCCAGUCGAACGCAUUAGCUUCGACAACGCGUUUCUCCUCACCUUUCCAUCGCCACCAAGCCAUCGACGAGUUCUUCAAAUCUUGGGCCUUUGUGAAGCAUGCAGAGCUAGCUAAUUUCAUCCACAACAACUAUCGACAAGCCCUCAAGAUCGUUGCAGAAGAUUCGGCUACUUUGCGGGAGCUGUGCACGCGACUGAAACUCAAUGACGAAGACUUUGAACAAUAUCUGCAAGAAGAACGAGCUUACCUGAAGAACUUGGUGGCGGAAAGUCCAGAAGUAGCCUUCACAGUGGAGUAUAUGGAGGCACUAUUGCGGCUUGAUGGUGCAUUUGCCGAGUCUGAGCAUGCAAAGCGCGAGUACCAGAACCUCGAUGCAAGGAUCAUCCGUGAGGGUCUUCGUGGAAGGGCUAUCACCAACAUCAAGACCCGCUAUGUGACCACCUACACGCGCUAUGUCGACCUUCACGAGCACGUUCGUCGGAUUGAAGAAGUGCAUGGAAUUGUUAGGCGUUGGACGAAGGACUCGGAAGAGUACAAGAACGGUUUGGUGGUUCUAACGGAGAGAAAAUAUAGAAAUGCGAUUGACACGUUGGAACGACUACUUCUCCAACGUCUGCUGGAGUUAACAAAGCUCAGUAUGAGCGGCACAGGCUAUAAGAUGCGCGAGAAGAUCACAAAGGCGUUGAAGACUCGGGCGACCGCGAUCAAAAAGGCUCUUGAAGAAUACAAUCGACGCGCUGCAGAACUUAACCCACCCCGACCUUCGCUUUCGUGGUCCGACGUCGUGGAUAUGGUGUCCGUUGCAGAGUUUGAUCUCCUUCGUGACGCUCGUCAAGACGUACGUCUGCUGGCUUGGGCUCAGCCUGCUCAACGGCGAGCAAUGAAUUUAUACUUCAACAUCAAACGAGCAGAGGAAGAAAUCAAACGCCUCAAUGUCGAGAUUCGCCGACUGCUGACGCACAUGGUUGAUGAACAUGUGGACUACUAUCGAACGAUACGAGACAACAUGGUACCUAAUCCCCCACUAGCCUACGAGCUCUCUCUCAGGUGGCGGUACUCAAAUGCUGUGAAUACUGAGCUUGCCUACCGUCUUCAGCAGACAUCAGAACUUCCAGGAUUCACUGGUACUCUUCGGACGGGACACCGAGUCGGUCGCAGUCCCAUAUUGGCAGAUGGAAUUCUGCUGCCGCCGUGGGUUUCAUUACAAACUCAACCUACAGAAGGCUUCGAUGCUUCUGGUAAUGAACUGGAGGAUGACGAGGAGCUCGGAAUGGAAGGGGUUGGGAAUGAAGACGAAGCAAACGUGCUCAUCGACUAUAUAGACAGACUCGGCCUACAUAGCGAAUAGAGACUGUCUGAAGAAUACAUGUCUGAUUCUUUCUUUCUCAGAUCUUACAAGUUCAAAGGGCGAUAAGAGAUCGGAGAAGGGUAAAACAUACCAACCUAGAUCGAUGAUCCGCCGAUCAAGUGUCUUGUACGCCAACAACGCAAUGCGCCAUUCCGUCUACAGUGUUCAUCGUCCCGCCGGCGUCUGCCAUCAUCCGCGUCUUCGUCUUCGUCGCGCGCAACAGCGAACUCGCUCUUUCACUCAUCCCUCCAUCGUUUCUCUUGUUUCUUUUUGCAGAUAACAUGUAUUAUAAGAUAGCUACAUAACAACAUCACUUGUAUAUUAUAU